GCUUAAACCACCAUUUGGGUGUACUCUUAGUAAUCUGUGUAUCCUUUGAACUAUUCAUGAUCAUCGUGGCCCAUCAGAAGGGUUUUGCAAUGGCUUGGCAUUCUCAGCCAUGAUAGAGACUAAACUGAGAUGAAGGGGGAAAAAAAAAAGAGGAAAGAAAGGAAGAGGGAGAAAAAAUGAAUGGGAGAAGAGACGAGAUUGAUAAGAAAGAAGUUCUGAUCCCAGUGUGCAAUGGCUGCAAACAGCAGCUUUCUUGGUGGUGUACAUGGCCUGUUUCUUGUAUGGGUUGCUCUAUGGGUCCUUGGAGACAGGCCUUUCAAAUGUGUGUUCAUGUCUCUGACCUUGCACUACCCCGAUGUAGGCUCCAAACAGGCAUUCAAGGUGCCUUUGGAAAGCCCCAGGGCACUGUGGCCAGGGUUCACAUUGGCCAAGUUAAGUCCAUCUGCACCAAGCUGCAGAACAAGGAGCAUGUGAUUGAGGCACCAUGCAGGGCCAAGUUCAAGUUCCCCGGCCGCCAGAAGAUCCACAUCUCCAAGAAGUGGGGCUUUACCAAGUUCAAUGUGGAUGAAUGUGAAGACAUGGUGGCUGAGAAGCAGCUCAUCCCAGAUGGCUGCAGGGUCAAGGACAUCCCCAAUCAUGGCCCUCUGGACAAGUGGCAGGUCUGGCACUGGUGAGGGCUUCCACUGCACUGCUCCCCACCCCCCACCUUUUUUUUUUUGAGACAAAGCCUCCCUGUGUUGUCCAGGUUGGAAUGCAAUGGCGCGGUCUCGGUUCACUGCAACCCCCGCCUCCCAGGUUCAAGCGAUUCUCCUGCCUCAGCCUCCCAAGUAGCUGGGAUUACAGGCGCCUGCCACCACGCCCCGCUAACUUUUUGUAUUUUUAGUAGAGACGGGGUUUCACCAUGUUGGCCAGGCUGGUCUUCAGCUCCUGACCUCGUGA